CUAGAGUGGAUGCUUAAGCGCGCACUCACCACAGAGGGCGGCCAGCGCUUGAAGCGUGCAGACGGGCAGUGGAGCGUCAAGGCAGUGCGGCAGUACUUACGGCAGGUUGACCGCUUCUUGGAGGUGCUACUCUGCAGCGUGCACGUCGCGUCAGGGCAGCCAGGGAGGGGGUCAGAGAUCACGACAAUUCGACACCGCAACAGUGUACUGCAGGACCGCAACAUCUUUGUUGUAGAUGGGCAGGUAAUGAUAGUUGUCCGCUAUCACAAGUCGCAGUCGCAGUGGGACAAGCCAAAGAUUGUGCCGCGCUUCUUGCCACUGCAGCUGGGGCAGGUGAUGGCAUUGUACUUGGUGCACAUGCAGCCGUUUAAGGAGUAUCUGACGCUG